UCAGAUUGCACAAGAAUGGCACAUGGUGGGGACUUACCACAAGUGAAAUAUGAAUAUCUGGAUCACACAGCAGAUGUUCAACUACAUGCAUGGGGUGACAGUUUAGAGGAGGCAUUUGAGCAGUGUGCCACCGCCAUGUUUAAUUACAUGACCACAGAUUAUGACACGGUGGAAAUGACUGGUGAACAAGAAGUUGAAGCUGAAGGAGAUGAUUUGAUGGGUUUACUAUUCCAUUUUUUAGAUGAAUGGUUAUUUGUCUUCUCGGCAGACUCUUUCUUUAUACCUAGGAAAAUUGUUAUUACAGAAUUUGAUAAAGAAAAUUUUAAAAUAAAAUCAAUAGGAUAUGGUGAAGAAUUUGAUAUAAAGAAACAUCCACAGGGAACAGAGGUGAAAGCUAUCACAUAUUCCAAUAUGCAGAUUUAUGACAAAGAGGGGCAGCAUGAAGUGUUUGUUAUUAUUGAUAUUUAAUAUUAUUGUUCUGUAAUAAAACUACCUGGAUUUUCUUGGAGUAGGACAGGUGGAUUUCAAUAUGUUCUCAAUGAUCAUACUAUAGUAAAAUGUGCAUAAUAUUUCUAAUUAAGAGAAACACUGCAGGUUUGAUUAUUAGGGUUUUCUUUCAGCUUUUAUGUUAGAUCUCUUGAGAAAUUCAAUAAUACAACCCCCUCCCCCAGAGUCCCCUUUAAAAAUGGAUCUAGAAUGUUAAUGUUUGUAUAUUUAAAUCAUGUAUGUUCAGAUUUGAAACUGUUCAAUGGAGAAUUUUCAAUUUUUGACAAAUGAACAGGGGAACUUCAUGUAUAUAUAAGAUGUGUCAUAUUUUUACUAGUCCAUGUAUAUCAUUGUUGGAUGAGUGCCUCAUACUGGUAUUUUGAAUAAAAUAAGAUAGUCAUUUGAAAUCUUA